AUGAGUGAGGAGAAGAAGGCGAUUGUGAGGGAUCUGGGAUUCGGUGGCUUGAUGCACAUCCCACCACUAAGGGUGCAUCACCAACUGUUAAGGGAGCUGGCUAGCAACUUCAAAUUGGGGGAGAACAGACUGGAAACCGGAUACGGAGAUCUGUUUCCUCAGAAAGUGGAUUAUAAGAAACUUUCUGAGGAUGACAAAGUAAUUUUUAGAAGAUUCCAAGGUAAGACCCUCAAAAGUCUUACAGAUGAGAUGAUGGAUAUUGGCAUUGGUAACGAAGAGGAUCGCCUAAUGUUCAAGAGGAUUUUCAUCCUCUAUAUACAGAUGGCGUUCCUUUUGCCAACGACAAUAAACAAAAUCUCGCCUGUACACCUGGCCCCAAUUUUUGAGAUGGACAGCAUAACGGAGCGAAACUGGGGAGGGCAUGUUUUGACCUUUAUCGUCAAGGGCAUAACCGACUACAAGGAGAAAAAGAAGAAGGCAAUUGAUGGCUGCCUCUUUGCCCUGAUGAUAAUAUUCUUUCAUCUUUUUAAAAAUAAAGGCAAGAAGAGGGCUGAAAGACCGCCAAAACCCUGGAUUGCCAACUGGAGUAAGGAGCAGUUGGUCGAAAGAAUGAAUGCAGAAACAGAGGAAAUUUUGGGGAUUGUAAAGAUGGUGCAAACAAAAGAGAAAAUGAAAAAAUAG